AGUUUAGCUCUCUCCUUACCCACACCCCCUCUCUCAACAGGUACUGGUAAUGAAAAUGUCCUCAAUGUGGCCAAGCUUCCUGUGAUGAGUAACCAAGAAUGCAGUGUAGCACUCCGAGGCCGUCUGAAGGAGAGUGAGUUGUGUACAGCACCCCUGCAUGUGGGUGUGGGGGCCUGCGAGGGUGACUUUGGAGGCCCUUUGGCCUGCCUAACUCUUGACUGCUGGGUAUUAGAAGGUGUCAUCACCCCAUCUCGGGUAUGUGCUCGCAAGGACCGGCCUUCCACUUUCAUCCGUGUCUCACUCUAUGUUGACUGGAUCAACAAAGUGAUGAAGCUGAGCUGAACUGGUUGAAGCCUGCUCAUCCUAAAGUGCACCCAUCCUCCUACUUUUUUUUUAGUGUUACCCAGGAAUGGUCCUACCCUACUGUGUGCCAAAGGACUGCCUGUCCUUAGGAUUCUUCAGUAAGGAUCCAUGCUACGAUAGGAGAACACAUUUUUGAAACAAAAUGUGAACUUUCAGGAUAUUUGUACAUAUUGGAACACACAAAGAAGGUAUAUAUAGCAAACAUUACCACAAUUCAUUUCUCUCUUCCUCUUAUAGGAGUAGCUUUCAUUGUGAUUACAGAAAUACAAUGCAAUAUAAUAUUCAUUUAAUUUAAUGUAUUGCAUUUAAAAAAUAUUUCAGGGUAAUGCCUCUAUUAGUUUUCUACAUCUAUAUUAUACAAAGUAGUUUGAAGACAGAGAAUUAAGGGGUAUGGAUAUAGACAUCAUUUGCAUUUCAGCACCAAACCCAUUAAAGCACCUUUUAUACAUGCUUCAACAUUUAUGGGGAAGAAGUAAUCAAGCCUCUGAGAAUUCAAUCACUUUUGUGGAGUGCCUUAGCAGUGGAGGUGACACUUCUGGCCCCACAUGAUUGUAUGUACCACACAGAAAAGCAUCCAGUUUCCUAGGAUUCCACCUUUAUUUUCUUUUUUGUUUGUUUGUUUAAAAGAUUGAGUCUGUCUUAUCCAGAAUUCUGAAAUCUGAAAUGCUCCAAAAUCGUCCACAUGGAUGACUGCAAUAUGCAGCUUUUCUGUAUGAGUUCAGUGUACAAAAACUUUGUUUCAUGCACAAAAUUUUCAAAAAUGAUCUUCAGGCUAUGUGUAUAAGGUAUAUACAAAACAUAAAUGAAUUUCAUGUUUA